AUGGGCUUUGCCUUCUGUAGCGUGACGUCUCAUAUACCUGAGCUGUCAAAUAUACAACUAUCUCUUCAUAUCUGCAUCAUGGCGUGGACGAAGAAGCCCUACAUGGGGCUUACUGGAGGAUGGCUUACAUUCUGGGUGUCAUUGGCUUGCGCGACUGAUAUGACUCUGUUUGGAUACGACCAAGGUGUCUUUAGCGGUGUGGUCGUUACACCGGACUUCCUCGAGAUCCAUGACCUCGUUGGACCUACGAAGACGAAAAUCCUAUCUACGGUUACCGCUAUCUACGAUGUCGGCUGUUUCUUCGGUGCUAUGCUUGCUUUUACGGCGGGUGAAAGGCUGGGACGAAAGAAGACCAUUCUCCUUGGAAGUCUGAUCAUGGCUAUUGGAACAGUUCUCAAGGCGUCAUCCUAUAGUCUGGCCCAGAUGUUUGUGGGUCGAGUGGUGUUACCGUGCUUAAUCAUCUGGCGCCCGGACCCACCUGGCGCCCGAUUUCUAUACACAACAACACUACUAAAAAUGAAGCUUUUGAACCCAAUACAUUCUAUAUUUCUUAAAGAUCUUUUAGUGUGGCAAAUUUGA